CGCCAUCUUGGACAAUACUAAACAUGGCCGCCGAAACUGCGUAAGUCAGUAGUGUGGUGUACAUAUUAACGGUGGAUGGUUCAUUAUUCUAUUACAGUGUUCGCGUAGUGUUCGGUUAUUUUUAUGUCCAUUUACAUUCUUAGUGUUUAAUAUAUCGUUAGUUUUACAAGUGAAUUCUUCAAAAGACAGAAUUUGUUGAAAUGGGCCGUUCCAGAUCCAGGACAAAAUCUCCUAGUAGGCGGCGUCAUAAGAGCAAGCAUUCAAGAAAACGUUCAAAAUCACGUGAGAAGCAUUCGAACAACAAGUAUUCUGACAAGCCAAAAGAACGUAGUUCAAAAACAAGGAAACGAUCCCAUUCUGCAUCCUCUAGUUCGUCAGAUGCUUCAGAUGAUGUACAUAUAGUCAGUCAUAAGAAACGUUCAUACAGAGACAGAGAUCGCAAAAUGGAUGAAGUAGAAAGACUGGCAGAAAUGGAACGACAAAGGAAAAAGAAAGAAUUAUCGAACAAAACCUUCACCGCUAGUGCAGUUGGAAGGCAACGUGAAGUGGAACAAAAAAUGGUUGAAGAAGAAGCUGCCAAGCGAAUUGAAGAACUAGUGCAGAAGAGAGUAGAAGAAGAACUAGAAAAACGUAAGGAGGAAAUAGAAGCUGAAGUACAAAGGAGGGUAGAAGAAGCUAAAAGGGCAAUGGAGCGUCAAAUGAUGGAGGAAAUGGAAUGGAGACAAGCAAAACUUCGUGAGGAGGAAAAACGAAGAGAGGAGGAAGAGCGGAAGAAGCGAGAGGAGCUUGAGAGGAUCUUGGAGGAGAACAACAGAAAGAUAGAAGAAGCUCAGAAGAAACUGGCUGAGGAAAGAUUGGCUAUGGUCGAACAACAACGUUUGAUGGAAGAAGAAAGGCAAAGAAUGAGAAAAGAACAUGAAAAACGUGUUAAAGAGGAACAAAAGAAAAUCCUCGGGAAGAACAACUCGAGGCCUAAAUUGUCCUUUACACUAAAGCCAGUUACGUGAGUCUGUAUCAUUUCGUGCAGUUUUAUAUGUGAUAUUUAUACAUCUUGUCGGAUUUGGAAUCAUUCAUAUUCCGCAAGAACAUUCAACAUAUGCUGCGCGUACAUGAGUACAUAAAAGAUGCAGCAAUAAGAUCCAAAGCUCAUUCAGAAUGUAUUUGCGAUAAUCAUCGAAAUCUGGCAAUGUUGAAUUUUUUUAUUUGAUUAUGAUGAUCAUAUGUACAUCAGAAUUGAAUAAUUAAUUCUAUACUUGACAGAUUUCGAAACCCAAUACAGGUGGGAUUUUAACCUGUUCGAGACUACACUGAUGUCAAUACAGAGAAACAUAUGUUUUGUGCAGGAACAAGUAAUAGAGCAAGUAUUUGUAUUUAUCUGUUAUGUUAUACUUUUUUUUUUUUUUUAUAUU